CUCGGCGCACUUCCUUAGCAACGUGUAUCUGAACCAGGAAGUACUCCUGUGUGCUCUCGCUAACUAGCAGCGGCUAGCACAGAGCGGUGAAAGUGUGUGGCAGCAAAGUUUGCCUCACUUACAUUUAUGAGUCCAGCCGCCGUGCAUGUGUGUGAAACACAUGUCUGUUCACGUCGCGGUCAGCAGGCAGUUCUGUCGCCGGUAGGAGUCGACUUAAAACAUCGUGAGCAGUGAACAUGAUCUCCAUUCCGCUGUCUGAUAGGCCAUGAUAGGCGUGUUAAGUAAUGCAGGGGUCAUGGAAGGCACAACGAAUUCUGCUGAGGAGCAGCAACCCUCCACUCCCCUGUCUAACUCAUGGUCCAACAAACAGGAAUCAAGCAAGAAUGAAAAGCCAAAACCCGUUGGUGGAUUUGUUUUGGUGCAUGCAGGAGCAGGGUACCAUUCUGAAUCCAAGGCCAAGGAGUACAAGCAUGUGUGCAAAAGAGCCUGUCAACGAGCUGUGGACCGGCUCAAAGCUGGGGCACUUGCAGUGGAAGCAGUGACUGCAGCACUGGUUGAACUUGAGGACUCUCCUUUUACAAAUGCGGGCAUGGGCUCCAACCUUAAUUUGUCCGGGGGAAUUGAAUGUGAUGCGAGUAUCAUGGAUGGGAAGUCACUGCAUUACGGUGCCGUAGGGGCGAUUAGUGGUAUUAAGAACCCAGUCUUAGUUGCAAAUCGUCUACUGAGUGAAGCACAGAGAGGAAAACUGUCUGCUGGCAGAAUACCACCCUGCUUUUUAGUGGGUCGAGGAGCGCAUGAUUGGGCAGUCAGUCAUGGAAUACCGCCAUGCCCGUCAGAGAAAAUGGCCACCAAGUUCAGUCUAUCUGCGUAUAAGAGGAACAAGCGGAAGAUGGAGCUGGCAGAAAAACUUGACACAGGACAUAAUCAGACAAAGAAAAGACGACAAUCGACUGAAAACGAAAAUGGUUCAGGGUGCCUCGAUACGGUGGGAGCCGUUGUGGUAGACCUGGAAGGGAAUGUAGCUGCAGCUGUGUCCAGUGGAGGCCUGGCCAUGAAACAUCCUGGCAGGGUUGGCCAGGCUGCUCAUUAUGGAUGUGGCUGCUGGGCUGAAAACACCUGUAACAUGAACCCUUACUCUACAGCAGUGAGUACCUCAGGCUGUGGGGAGCAUCUGAUUCGCACCAUGUUGGCACGGGAAUGUUCUGCUGCCAUGCAGUCUGAAGAUGCCCACCAAGCGCUGCUGGAGGCUAUGCAAAACAAGUUCAUCAGCUCACCCUUUCUGGCCAGCGAAGAUCGUGUUUUGGGUGGUGUAAUUGUCCUGCGCUGCUGCAGAUGUGUGGAAGCGCCGCCAUCUCAAAAUAUUCAGGGUAUAUUGGUGGAGUUCCUAUGGAGUCACACAACAGAGAGCAUGUGUGUUGGGUACAUGUCUGCCCAAGAUAGCAAAGCAAAGACACAUAUAUCCAGAUUACCACCCGGUACUGUUCCUGGACAGUGUUUGGCCAUCGAGGGAGGCGUGUGUCGACUGAUGGGCGUAGUGGAGUGAGCUGCGUUCAUCCUCCCAGUGGUCUUCUUCAGCAGUACUCCAAUACAAACCCACACACAUACACUCACACAAACACAAACACCACGUUCAACUCCCCACCACCUUUGUGAUGCCAGAAGUAAUAAGCUUUAGCUGUUUUAACAGGUGCCAUGGAAUGAGGGAGGGGUGUUAGCUUCCACUUAGUGCACUUACAGGACUUCCCUUUGCCACUGUCUGCCUCCAGCAUGUACUCUAUGCCAACUGACCCCCCACCCCCCCAAGCUCUCCAGUGUCACCUGGAUUAGACUUGAUACACCAUUGCCUUGAUGUACCGUAUUUCUUUUUUCUUUCUUACUCUUUUCCAACUAAAAGUGGCGUCCUUCCUUUUGUAAAUAAGCUAUGAUUUAGGAAAACAGGGUGGAUGUUCUUGUCGUUUUGUAUUGCUGAACAGAUGUGACUAUUUUCAAAAGUUUAGGAGUCUCAAAUGCCAGACCUUAUUUUGUUCUUUUAAAAUAGUUUUUCGAGUUUAAAACGAUGUCAUAUUGCACCUUGUGGACUGCCUGCUACUCAAGAUAAAUUUUAGGAAUGGAGCAUUUACAGCUGUGAGGGUUGGACAGUGAUCGUGAAAGCUAUUAACAAUGUUGUCAGAUCAACUAUCAUGUACUUGUACACAUAUAUCGUUAUUAAUGCUCCAGCGUACUGUAUAAUGUAGCAUAACGUACAUUUUAGGUCAUGAUGAAUUAUAAUCACUUCAGCCAUAGAAUGCUUUGCUUUGAUUGUUUUAAAAUGUGAAUACAUAGCUAUUGCAUGUACAUAACCUACUGUACAGUAAGCCACUUUAUGUUCACUGACAGGCGUAGAGUUGAGCAUGAAGCAGGAAGCUAUGCACUUCCAGAGUGAUGCUGAUACAUACAUACGGCUAUAUAUAUAUAGUGAUAUAUAGUGCUCAGGUAGGAGCAUUUGACCCCACCACCAAACAUGACUGUUAGUCCUCAUUUUAAACUAUAUAUUUCUAUAGUCACAUUGACAGAGACAUGUAUUUUCUUGCUAAAAAAUGAAAGCUAAAAACCUCAUUUGUAUACAUUAAGCCCAUGAAAUGGUGCUUUUGAGAAUUAUACUUGAAAGGAAUAAGGGUCUAAAUUAAAACUUCUGUUGUGAUAACCAGUUUCUCUGGUUUUUGCAAGUUACUACUAAAAACCAUGAAAGAGCUCGUUUAUUCUUUACUUGAAAAUGCAUCUAAUAUAAAAUGGUAUAAGCUAUUGAAAUUGUAAUAUGUGCACAGCUCUCCACAGUGCUCCAGAAGUGAAUAAAAUCUAUGUUGCUACA